UGGUAUAGACUAUUAUAUACAUAUUAUAGUGGACAGUUGUGAGUAGAUAAAAAAAUAACCAACUGAAGUACUAUCCACACUGGCCGGUGACUGCUUGAUAAUAUGGAAGAACCGUCCGAGGACAAGCUUUUCGUUGCUGAAAAGUCUAAGAGUAACAGGGCAAAAUGUAAAAAGUGUAAAGAAGUYUUAAAUCAAGGAACCUUGAGGAUCGCCAAAGUUGUGGCGAAUCCAUUUGGUGAUGGAAAAAUGAUGGCUUGGCAUCAUCCGCAGUGUUUAGUAUUAGUAUUUUCUAAGCAGAGAGCAUCUACAGCAAAAAUUACUUGUGUGGAUGAUAUCGGUGGUUGGGAUGGACUGUCCAUGGAACACCAAAACGAAAUAUUUACGACAUUUCCCGAUAUUCCUAAGGAGAAACUUAAAACACACGAUGAUGAUGAGACUGACAAAAAAGAAACACCGAAAAGAAAGAAAUCAAAAGCAAAAGCUGAACCAUCGUUGCCACAAAUGCAGGAUUACUAUUUUAAAGACUUUCGAAAACUGUGUUUGAGUCUCUCGCAAGAAAACAGCCAUCUGCAAAAAACUGCAAUUUUUAAAGAUUUCAUCUAUGCAAUUUUAUCCAAAGAACAGUCAAAUGAGACCCGAGCAGAAAGUAUGUUUUUAUGGUGUAAAAUGUUGUUGCCCAAUUCGGAAAAAAGAAUUUACAAUCUUCAAUCAAAACAACUUAUUAAAUUAUUUAGUCAAUUAUUUAAUCAAAAUAUUAACUCAAUGCUAGAAGAUUUGGAAAAGGGAGAUGUUGCUGAAACGAUAAGAAUAUUCUUUGAAAAAAGUAACAAUGUUGAUGUGAAACCUGCAUCAAAAUCAACUUUGACAUUAGCUAAAGUAGACAGUUUUCUCGAUAAAUUAUCAGUUGAAACUACAGAAGUGGCACAAACAGCACUUUUCAAAUCAAUCGCAACGUUAUGUACUGGUAAUGAUUUGAAAAUGAUAAUUCGGCUAGUGAUGCACGAUCUCAGAAUUAAUUGUGGACCAAAAUUCAUUUUAGGGGCUCUUCAUUCUGAUGCAUAUGAAGCAUAUCAAACAUCACACGAUUUAAAAUCUGUUGUACAGAAAUCGUGUUCAUGUGAUUCAUCUAAGGUAGCUAGUAGUGGAAAAAUGAACAUUAAAUUAUCUUUGUUGACACCGAUUUUACCAAUGUUGGCUGAACCAUGCAAAAAUUUGGAUGACGUUUUUAAAAAGUGUCCUCAUGGUAUAUACUCAGAAAUUAAAUAUGAUGGUGAACGUGUUCAACUACAUAAAAGUGAAAAAGAAUUUAAAUUUUUUUCAAGAAGUCUAAAACCUGUAUUGGGACAUAAAGUUGAUUUAUUCAAACAGUACAUUCCAAAGGCUUUUCAACAUGGAAAAGAGAUUAUUUUAGAUUGUGAAGUGCUUAUGUAUGACCACAAAACUAAUAAACCUUUACCAUUUGGUACCUUAGGAAUUCAUAAAAAAAGUAAAUUUGAAGACGCUAAUCCUUGCCUGUUUGUUUUUGACUGUAUGUAUUACAAUGGUGUAUCACUAUUAGAUAGAACAAUUGUAGAACGAAGAAAAAUUCUGAUGCAGAAUAUGACUCCAAUCAAGGGACAUAUCAUGUUUUCAGAAGUUAAAGAGUUGCAUAACACUAAAGAACUUAAGUUAAUGGUUGAACAUGUAUUGAAACAAGGCCUAGAAGGAUUAGUAUUAAAGGAUCUAACUAAAAUGCCAGUUUGGGAAAUUUCAGGAGCAGAAUUCUCUCAAGCUGAAGUGCACACUGCUAAUGGUAUAUCAAUUAGAUUUCCUAGAGUAACUAAAAUUAGAAAUGACAAAGAUUGGAAAACUGCUACAUCAUUAACUGAAUUGCAAAAUUUAUACGAAGCAUCCAAAGAGACUAACAAUUUAAAUAUUUUUUCAAACCUAAGCUCAGAAAAGAAUACUAGUUCUGACAACGACUCCCAGUCAUCACCCGAUAAAAGAAAAAAAAUUAAGAGAUCUCUAGAAACAGCUGUUACAGAAUCUUCUCCAUUAAAAAUGAAUAUUGAUGUUCCUGCUAAAAGAGUUAAACUUUCUGAUGAAAGSAGGCGGCGUUUGCCUGAUUUAUUCACUGGAAUCCGUGUUGUUGUGCCAGAUUCGAUUUCUAAAAAUAUUUUUUUACGAUAUUUUAUUGCCUACGGAGGUACACCUUUAAAUUCAACGGAUGAAUUAUCACCAACGCAUAUUAUAAUUACAAAAACAGAGCACAAUCGAUCAUCUAAAAAACCGCUGAUGGAAGAGGAGGAGGAUGAGAAGAAGAAGAAAAAGAAGAAUCUGAGUGCCACCGCCGUGUGCGCACAAUGGUUUUGGGACAGCAUUCGAAACGGAAAACUAUUGCCYCCAGAAAACUACCAAUAAUACAAAUCGAGUUUUACUCUGCCUCGCACCAGUGUAUUUUUGUUUGUUUAUUAUUAUUAUCAUCGUGGUUUCUUCAACCAUUCGAAUUAUCGGUGAAUAUAAUAAACUUAUUUUACAUAA